AUGAUAACCGAUAUUGACGAGGGCGAAACAAAACAAUACAAUAAUUAUGAACUCGAAUCGCUUGUUUGGUACUUUCUUGGUCUUGUUCAUAUGGAUGAUUUUGUACAUAAUGAUCUCAACAGUAAUCUAGAUGAACCAUUGGAAAAUAAACUCAGCGGAGGGCAAAAGACACGACUUUUGUUGGCAAGAGCUCUAUUUCGUACACAUCAACGUCAAUCACCGAUGCUAAUUCUCGACGAGCCUGAUAAAGGUCUACCUGCCGAAACAACAGUUCCAAUUAUUGAGAAUAUUAUCAACUGGUACCGACCCAAGGGUAUUCUUUUUCUCACAUUACAUACUGAAAAAGCACAUACACUCCAUGUUGUCAUUACAUCACAAAUCAAUGGUUUGCCAUUACCUACAAACAAGUUAUAUAGACAAAAACCAUACGAGAAUCCCAAAUAUGUUGAAGGCGAUAUGGUGUAUCCUGCUGCAUUUUUAACACCGACGGGUCGUGGAGUACUUCGUCGUGGUACUUCAGUAGCAUGGCCAAAUGGAAUUGUACCAUAUCAAUUUUUACCAGGAUACGGACCUUCACAACAAGUAUUUAUAAUUAAUGCAAUGGAAAAAAUGCAACGUGAAAUAGCGAUUAAUAAUGUUGCAUGUAUUAAAUUUCGACCAAGAAUUCCAUCUGAUCAAUAUUACAUAAGUUUUAAUAAUGGAGAUGGAUGUUCAUCACCUGUUGGACAAAUGACAGGUGAAGGUUUCUUUCAUGAACACUCUCGACCGGAUCGUGAUAAUUAUGUUAAAAUUAAUCUCGAAAAUAUUGAUCCAAAUUUGACAUAUAAUUUUGAUAAAUAUGAUAGUUCAAUAGUAAAUACACAAAAUACUCCGUAUGAUUAUGCAUCAGUAAUGCAUUAUGAACCCGAUGCUUUUUCAUCAAAUGGUCUUCCAACAAUUGAAUCAAUUCAACCAAAUGUUAUAUUUGGACAACGUUAUAAUAUGAGUACUAUCGAUAUUCUAGAAGUUCGAUCAUUUUAUAAUUGUUUAUCAAGUGGUAUUACAUUUCCACCAAUGCCUACAACUACAACAGUUAAUUUAUAUAUGAUGAAUGUAACUUUAUCAUCAUCAUUGACGAACAACAGUGAAACAUUUUAUCAUCCUUAUGGUCAAGGUAUGAUUUAUUACUAUGAAUCUCAUAGUUCAAUUCCUACAUCUGGACUUAUAUAUAAGGAAAAUUUUUAUGCAAAUUCACCAAAUAUUAAUUUACUUGCAAUAGGUUAUGAUAGUGAUGAAAAUAUACAAUUUCAGUUCAAUUUAUAUUUGAAAUCUAAUACACGAUACAUAUUAGUUAUUACAACAGUUACUUCACAAACUACUGGAAAUUACACAUUAUUAGCAUCUGGAUUAAAUCGGGUUAAUCUUCUUCAAAUAAAUAGUUCUUCAAUUGUAUCAACAACAACAACAACAACAGCGCCAAAUACCGAAUUUGUUAUCUCAACAUAUCCAAGUGCAUUGACCAUAAAUAGUCCUACAUAUGAUCGAUUUGGUGGUUUUGGCAUGUAUUAUUACGAAGCAAUAAUGAUAUCUGUACCUGAAACUGGUUAUUAUGCAGUUGGAAGUAAUAACACUAUUAAUACUUAUGGAUAUUUGUAUUUAAACAGUUUUAAUCCAUCGAACAUAGCGGAAAAUUUAAUUACUGGAGAUGAUGAUAAGGCAGGCAAUUCUCAAUUUGCAAUAGUAUAUGAAUUUAAAUCUAUGACAACAUAUAUUUUGGUCGUAACUACACAUGAUCCAGUAGUCAUUGGAUCACUCUUAAUUUUGGCAGAGGGUCCAAAAGCAGUUACAUUUACUUCCAUGAAGAAUAUAUCAACAACAACAACAUCAACAACUCCAUCAAUAUCAACAACUCGAUCAACAUCGACAACAUCGCUUAGAGGCUGUGAGUAAACUAUAAAAACUAAUGAUUCUUAAGCAAGAUUCUUUUGUUUUUUUUAUUUAUUUAAGAAAUUUUUUAGAGUUUUAUACCAUUACCUUUGUUAUUACAGUGUAAAACAAUGUGUGAUGCUAUCCAUUACAGUACUAUUUGUACAUUUUCUUACAUUUGAGUAUGCUUAUGAAACGAUUUGUUAAUUGAAUAAUUCUUGAAAAUAACAAAAAAAUUCUAAUUAUUAAAAGGAGGACAACUGAUACAAGUGAUCGAUCAUUUCAUUUCUACAUUUUUGUUUGUAACAAAUUAUUUAGAGUAUAUUAAAAGUAAUGAGAUCAGCACUAUAAUAUCCUAUAGAAAGCUCGAGGCAAUUUUUUUCCCGUAUAUAUUGAUAGUUCAAACAAUGUCAUAUAUUUCUUUCAUAUUUCAUCAUUCUUUAGUUAUGGUUCAGAUCAGUUUACAUUUGUAAUAUAAGGAUCUUCAUUUAUAAAGCCAUGGAUUUGUUCGAUAUUUUGAGAUGUUGUCUCGGUUACAGACCUACUAGGUUGUGUUUCAUCUUCGAUUUUCACGGAAUCAUUCAAGUCUCCUGAAUGGUGGAAUCUAGUCGUUAGAAAUCAGAUGUAGCUCUUCAUGAAUAAGUUUUGAUUGAAUAGGAAAUGUAGUGCAAAUUUUAAAUAUAAGAGCAAACGCUUUUUAUACCCAUUUGAAUUACAGAUGAAGAGACUAUAUAUAAUAAGAUUAAAUCUAUUUUAAAAAAAUGAUUACUUUUAUUUAGUUGUUCCGUGAGAGAUUAGCUCAAUAAAAAUCUAUACAAUUUUAGAAUGUAGAAAAAAAAACAUUGUUUAAAUGAUUAUAUUUAUUUAUUUAGCAUCAGCUUCAACAAAAUCCAAUAUUAUUACAAUUCAUCUUUUUAUUUAUAUUAUAUUUGGAUAUGUUCUUGCUUAUUUUAUCUAAAUAUAAAAUUAUCAAAAAUGAAAACAACAUAUUACUAACAUUUUAUACUAACACAAAAUAUAUAAUCUUUUUAAAAUGGAACGAAUAUAUUUAUCUUAAUAAUUUCUUGACUAAAUAUUAAAUUUCUCUUUUUCUAUCUCAGCUUAAUCACAAAUAUUCUUUGGUUAAUUUCGAAUAUAUUUUUUUUUUCACUUUUAACUAAAAAGUGUAUCUGAUAUAUUUGUGAAUAUAAGUUUAAUUACAUCUAAAAGAAAUGAUAUUUAUAAGUAUGUUCAUAAAUAUUUCAUAACUUGGAUUAUUUUUGAUCCAUUUGUAGUGAAUGAAAUAAAAAGUGACUUUUUAAGAAAUGUUUUAUUUUAAAUCAAUUGAAAAAUAGAUCGACUUAUAUUUCUAUAAUACAAAUCAAUCUGCUAGUAUCAACUUUUGUUUUUCAGUAAUCGACUAAGUCACAGUAAUAUAAGAUUUAAUUGAUGUACUUACUAAAACAAAAAAAUAAUAGAUAAAUGCAGAGAUAUUUUCAGCGACGCGUUUCGUAUUAUUUAUUAAAAUAUUGAAACACUCAUUCAUGGUCUGCAUUACAAGUGAUAAGUAAAAAUUACAAAUGAAAUGAAAAAGGAGCAAAAAUUUAAUCAAAGAAAAAUGGCUAGAAACCAUGACAAAUCUUUAAGGAGGAGAAGGUUGAAGUUUAUUGUAGGCUUGAAUGAAGGUGUAUGUGUGUGUGAACAAAACUACUGCACUCGCAUUCACUCACACCCAGGGUAUGCAUUUUUCUUUAAAUAUAGUGCAAAAAUAAUUCAUAUUUACAACGCUGUGCCUCCGUAAAACAUCAAAUCAAUUAAAUAAGUUUAUUUAUUGAAAACAGAUCUCAAUAGUAGUACGUAGAAAAUGAUUAAUGUAACUAAGGUAUAUUAUAGUUCGUCAGUCUAGAAAAAGCAAGAAUAUAAUUAGUUAACCAAUAAUAAGUUUUGAAAUUUACCUACUGAACAAGCACUUUUAUCGAUAGUAAAUUUAGGAAUGCGAACAUUCAUAUUAUCGAGAACAUACAAGUUUCUAUGCCGAUUAAAUACCAAAUCAGUUGAACGUGAUAUAUAAGAUGUGUCAUCACCCCAUCCUGGUCAACCGAGAAUAAUUUUGCCUGAUGUAGAACCUUCAGACCAACGUGUUACUCGAUCAUUACCAUAAUCAACAACAUAGACAGUGCUUGAAUCGUUAACGACCA